UCUUGCGAAUAUGGGGGAAAUCCUUAAAGCUGCAAACUGUGGUUAUAAUAAUGUUGUGAAAACUACUGUUCUUUUGGCAGACAUUAAUGACUUCAGUGGUGUUAAUGAAGUUUACAAGCAGUUUUUCACAAGCCAUUGCCCAGCAAGGGCAGCGUACCAAGUUGCAGCUUUGCCAAGAGGUGGCAGAGUUGAGAUAGAAGCUGUCGCUGUUGUGGGGCCUAUCACUGAUGCAUCAUCCUGACCAGAGGAGCAUGUCCUGCACAAACUAUAGUGCGUCAGUGGUGGUGGUUCUGUUUUUGGAUGCAUUCAUAGCUGUGCAGUGGCCAUAACAUAGUAUGAUUGCAUUGCUGUUCCCCAGUAUUUUGUUUGUGAUUUAGUUUGAUUUCAUACAUUUUUCCACUUAUCACAGUUGUAUUGCAUUUGGUUUUGUUACUUCUCUGAGUGGCUACUAUUUAAUUUUGUCAUCAGAAAGAAUGUUUUCUAAGUUUCAGUAUAACUAUCUGGCUUUUACCUUUCAUCUGAACAUGUACUGGUAGUGUGGUUUUAAUAUUUAGGAUGUACACCUUAACUGGGUGUUAGUUCUUGCUACAGUACUGUGGGGAUAGACCUUGAUACAUUUACAUUUCAGUAUUUAACCACAGUCCAGUCAAAUUCAAGUGUUGGGCAUUUUUAUAGGGCUGUACAUGUACAUUUUUCUGCUGGCCAGGCACACUGUGGAGAUCACCGCUGAAGACAACUGAUUUAUAUCCUGUGCCUUGUACAAAAGAAUGUUUAUGGUUAAAUCUUUCAUAGGUUCAUUUAUUUCUUUGCAUUUUCAUCUAAUGUGAUCCCAGAGGAAGAUUCCUUAUGAAAUAGUGCUUCUGUUUCUAUUGUGUGUAAGUGAGCACACACUGGUGCUAGUUUCACAGCUGUGCUUGUAGAUCUCCCAGCAUAUGAAAUAAAUGCAGCAGAAGACAGUUUCUCCAUUGCAUCUGUUGGAUCCAAUUUUAAAAAGACUGUAGUCAUUACUGACAAGUUUGUGUCCAGUUGUUCCCUAGUCAGUAUUGCUAUAUUUGGUCAUGCUCUUGUAUUUUUGAAAAACAGUAGAUCAUCUUGCAUAGUUGCCAUGUUUAAACACUUAAUUAUACUGUUUAAAUACUGUUGUGGCAGCCAUUAAACAAUGUUAAUAUUCA